CAUUCGUAGAUACGUUCUCCGCGAGUCGUGACGUAUCCAUCGGAUUCGUUGAACAAAACAAUAUUUGAGAUACAAUCCAGAAAUCGUCGAUUUUUUUCGCGCGCCUCGUCUCUCAUUAACAACAAAUAUUUUUGGUUUGUUUUUCAAAAUACCUGUGCCCUAAUCAGAUAUAUUGUUAACUAACAAAAACAAAAUAAAAGUGUUUUAAAGGCCUUAAACGGUUAAAGAUUUGAAAUAGAAUUUAUCUUAGAAAUUUCGAUAGAAAUUUCUCUAAGCUAGUGCAAGUGCUAAUAAUCAAUAAUAGUGUAAACAUAAAAGAAAACGACUAAACACAGGAUAUUCCUAAACUUGGGGAUUGAGUUUCACCUGAUUUGUAUUGCCACCUUUCGUAUAUAAUUAUAAUCAACGUGAUCACGCGCUCACACCAAGCAAGAAGCAAAAGCACGGCGGAAAAGAGACAGGAGACGGCAGCGCAGGAUCAAGUUUUUGGCGAAACCCAUAAUUUCGCCCAUCUCGCUAUCUCCGUCUUCUUCAACUGCUUCUUUUUCUUCCUCCUCGCGGGCUCCAUGGUGUCGCCGGCUUGACCGCCGCCGCCUGCCUAUAAACAAAACCCAAGACUCAAGACCCCGACUCCCGACUCCCGACUCCAUAAGUAAAACCCAAAGAGACUUGGAGAUACAACGAAUCCAGUUCUCCUGGUGCUUUUGUUUUGCUUUUGUUGCUGCUGUUGCUGAUGCCUCGCGUUUAUUGUUUUGCUGCCCAGGAAAAUAAAACGGGGCACGGGGAUAUUUGAGGGGAAACUGGCCCCAAACACCCGGGAUCCCGUCCAUAUAGAGAAGGAAGGCCAACAAAAACAACACAACUGAGCGGCAGCAAGAACGACGAUCGGUCGAGGCAACAACAACUAAGUUGCAUUGCAGCCGCCGCCGUAUAAAAAUCAUCAGCGUCGUUGCUGUUGUUGUAGCCAUCAGACAUGGCGCCGAAAUCCAGAAAGAAGAAGGCUCAUGCACGCUCCCUGACCUGUUACUGCGAUGGCAGCUGUCCGGACAAUGCGAUCAAUGGAACCUGCGAGACGAGACCCGGUGGCAGCUGCUUCAGCGCCGUGCAACAGCUCUACGAUGAGUCGACUGGGAUGUACGAGGAGGAGCGCACAUACGGAUGCAUGCCACCGGAAGACAACGGUGGCUUCCUUAUGUGCAAAGUGGCCGCUGUACCUCACCUGCAUGGCAAGAACAUCGUCUGCUGCGACAAAGAGGACUUCUGCAACCGCGACCUGCAUCCCGUCUACACACCCAAGUUGACCACACCAGCACCGGAUUUGCCCGUGAGCAGUGAAUCCGUUCACACGCUGGCCCUCUUCGCCUCCAUCAUCGUCUGCCUGUCCGUGUUCAUGCUGAUCCUGGCCAGCCUGUGCCUCACCUACAAGCGACGCGAGAAGCUGCGCAAGCAACCACGUCUGAUCACCUCCAUGUGCAACUCGCAACUGUCGCCCCUGUCACAAUUGGUGGAACAAAGUUCCGGCUCCGGAUCGGGGCUGCCACUCCUGGUGCAGAGAACGAUUGCCAAGCAGAUUCAGAUGGUGCGACUGGUGGGCAAGGGACGAUAUGGCGAGGUCUGGCUGGCCAAGUGGCGCGAUGAGCGGGUGGCCGUCAAGACCUUCUUCACAACCGAAGAGGCUUCCUGGUUCCGCGAGACGGAGAUCUAUCAGACUGUGCUGAUGCGCCACGACAACAUCCUCGGAUUCAUUGCCGCCGACAUUAAGGGUAAUGGCAGCUGGACACAGAUGCUACUUAUAACGGACUACCACGAGAUGGGCAGCCUGCACGAUUACCUGUCCAUGUCGGUCAUCAAUCCCCAGAAGCUGCAGCUGCUGGCUUACUCUCUGGCUUCCGGAUUGGCGCACCUGCACGACGAGAUCUUUGGAACCCCUGGCAAACCGGCUAUUGCACAUCGCGACAUCAAGAGCAAGAACAUACUGGUUAAGCGCAAUGGACAGUGCGCAAUUGCUGAUUUCGGACUGGCGGUCAAAUACAACUCGGAACUGGAUGUCAUCCACAUUGCCCAGAAUCCGCGUGUCGGAACGCGCCGCUACAUGGCUCCGGAGGUGUUAAACCAGCAGCUGGAUCCCAAGCAGUUCGAGGAGUUCAAGCGUGCGGACAUGUACUCUGUGGGUCUGGUUCUGUGGGAGAUGGCCCGUCGCUGCUACACACCCAUUUCGGGAACCAAGACGACCACAUGCGAGGAUUACGCCCUGCCCUACCAUGAUGUGGUGCCCUCCGAUCCCACGUUCGAGGACAUGCACGCUGUGGUGUGCGUGAAGGGCUUUAGGCCGCCGAUACCGUCGCGCUGGCAGGAGGAUGAUGUACUGGCCACCGUCUCCAAGAUCAUGCUGGAGUGCUGGCACCCGAAUCCCACCGUCCGGUUGACCGCCCUGCGCGUGAAGAAGACGCUCGGACGUCUGGAAACGGACUGUCUGAUCGAUGUGCCCAUGAAAAUUGUCUAGGCAGUUGUUUAGGUCCUAGGUUUAACCUAAGUUGCAUUUAGUUUUCUGUUUUUCUGUUUUCGUUCAACCUUUUGUUGAAGGCCUUGUUCCAGCAUUAUUGCAUGGAACCUUAUAGUUAAGCUGUAAUCGUAAGUUGCCUGUACUUGAGCGGAGCAAAGCAGAGGAUCCUUUAGAGGUGCCUAUUUUACGAUUACUCUAAUCGCCGCACUGAUUGUAAGCUAGAGGUUAGGGUUAGCGCUACCACAUAAGUUGACAGGAGCUAGUUGCUAAGGUCCCUUGCAAAAUCUUUGGUUAGAAAAAUGCUUUAACUAUUUGAGAAAUAUAGGGAGUAUGUAUUUUGGAUGAGACAUAUUCAUGUUGAUGUAUGUACAUAAGUAUGAAAACAAAUAUCGAGCAGAAUCGAAAUUUAAAUGUAACAUACUUUAAUUUUUGUGCCACCUUUUCUAUGCUUUAACGUUACAAAUUAAGUCCCCUAUUUUGCAGACACCCGAGGCUUUAGCCUCAGCAUACAACAUAUGUCUAUGUGUUAUGUUUGUAUUUAGUGUUUAAGUAAAAACUUUGCAGACUUCGUGCAAGUAAAUGCUGCCUUUUGUAAAAUCCACGGAAUUAGUUGCCUUAAGACAGAGUGUAAAGACAGGAGCCAACAGACAGAAGCCUGACUCCCCUCCUCCCCUUUAAGUAGCACAUUUAUUUAUAUGUAUCCAGAGAUAUAUAGGACUUGCAGUUGCGUAUCUCGAGAAGUGCACUUGUGUCGGCUCUUUUGUUUUGUGUAAAUAGCAAAGAUGUUUAUAGGCCGCUAACCAUACAGAUAUAUAGUAUAUAUAUUAUAUAUUGUCGUUAUAAGCGAUUCUGUAAAUACUAUAUAUGUA